UUAAGCUUUGGCACACUUGAAACCUGCAGAGAUGGGAAAGAAGAAGAAGGUGAAGGCAACUGAUGGCGACAGCCAAUACAGCCCUUCCACCGUCUUCGUCACCGGCUUGCCCUAUUCUUUGACUAAUGCUCAGUUAGAAGAGAGCUUUAGUGAAGUUGGACCAAUAAGACGCUGCUUUAUGGUUACGAAGAAGGGGUCUAGUGAGCACCGGGGCUUUGGCUUUGUUCAAUUCGCUGCAGUUGAACAUGCUAAUCGUGCUAUUGAGCUGAAAAAUGGGUCCACUGUUGGGGGUAGAAAGAUUCAAGUUAAGCAUGCUAUGCAUCGUGCUUCUCUGGAACAACGCCGAUCGAAAGGAAAUCAAGCAGAAAUUUCUGAUGGUGUUGCCCAGGCAAAAGAUAACAAGUUAAGUUUGUCUGCCAAGACAGUCGAGCACGAGGAGUUUUCAAAAUCUCUAUCAACAGUGAAUGAAACACUUGAGUCCUUGGAGAAAAGAAAAGCAGCUACAACUUCUAGCAGUAUAGCUGAUGAAGAAACUUCUUUAGAAAAAGAAAAGCAGAGAGUUGCAAAGACAGUCAUAUUUGGUGGUCUUCUUAAUACUGCUAUGGCAGAAGAUGUUCACCGUCUUGCCAGAGAGUGUGGCACAGUACGUUCUAUUAUUUAUCCUUUCCCCAAAGAGGAGCUUGAGCAUCAUGGUCUAGCUCGAGAUGGAUGUAAAAUGGAUGCUUCAUCUGUCCUUUAUACAAGUGUUAAAUCAGCUCGUUCCUCUGUUGCAGCAUUACACCAAAAAAAGAUACAUGGUGAACUUCUAUGGGCACGUCAGCUUGGUGGAGAGGGCUCGAAGACCCAAAAGUGGAAGCUUAUAGUGCGGAAUCUCCCAUUCAAGGCAACAGUGAAUGAGAUAAAGAACAUGUUUUCGGCUGUGGCUUUCGUGUGGGACGUUUUUAUUCCUCAAAAUCCUGAGACAGGGUUGUCGAAGGGAUUUGCUUUUAUUAAAUUCACAUCAAAGCAGGAUGCAGAAAAUAUUAUCAAGAUGUUCAAUGGGAAAAAUUUUGGUAAAAGACCAAUAGCUGUUGAUUGGGCUGUUUCGAAAAAAGUUUAUGCCUCUGGUGGUAAAUCUCUUGAUGCUGGUGAAGAAGGGCAGGACAAACGUGGUGAGGAAAGUGAUAGUGAUGGUGAUUUGGAUGAGGAUGAUACAGAAGUCAAUGAGAAAUCCCUACAAGAUUACAAAGUUGAUGGUAUGUCAGAUGGGUCUGAUUCAACUGAAGAGAAGGUCUCUGACAGUGAAACAAACUUCGAUGAAGAAGCAGAUAUUACAAGAAAAGUUCUCCAGAACCUAAUUUCAUCGACGUCUAAAGCGACAGAUAGCUUGGAUAAUGAUAACUCUGGGCUGUCCAAAGAAAUGAAGGAUGAUGAAAGUUUGGGCAUAUCAAGCAAAUUGUCUGAUACUUUUAUUGCACCAAACACAAUACCAGGAAAUUCUGGGAAAAACAAACAAAUAGAGAAAAACCCAACUGAGAGGGACAAUGAACUGCAAAGGACAAUAUUCAUUAGCAACCUUCCUUUUGAUACGAGUAGCGAAGAAGUAAAACAACGGCUCUUGGCAUUUGGUGAAGUAGAAUCCUUUCUUCCAGUUCUUCAUCAUGUUACCAAGCGACCGAGGGGAACAGGAUUUCUCAAAUUUAAAACAUCAGAUGGUGCUGAUGCUGCAGUUUCAGCUGCCAAUGCUGCUGCUGGUUUGGGUAUCUUUCUAAAGGGUAGGCAAUUAAAAAUUUUGAAGGCUCUGGACAAGAAGGCAGCUCAAGAUAAGGUUUCGGAGAAGACCAAAAAAGAGGAUCGUGACCACCGCAAUCUUUACCUGGCAAAGGAAGGUCUUAUCCUCGAGGGAACUCCAGCUGCUGAAGGUGUUUCAGUGAGCGAUAUGUCAAAGCGCAAAAUGUUGCAGGAGAAAAAAAUGACUAAACUUAAAUCUCCAAACUUCCAUCUGUCAAGGACAAGGCUGGCGAUGUACAAUUUGCCAAAGACAAUGUCUGAGGAAGAGUUGAAGCAACUCUGCAUACAUGCAGUAACUUCUCGAGCUACUAAGCAAAAGCCUGUUAUUCGACAGAUAAAAAUUUUGAGGGAGUCCAAGAAUACAAACUCAACCAGAAAAAAUAGUUCUCGUGGAGUGGCUUUUGUCGAGUUUUCGGAGCAUCAACAUGCACUUGUGGCUUUGAGAGUUCUUAACAAUAAUCCAGAAACUUUUGGUCCUGAGCAACGCCCAAUUGUCGAGUUUGCUGUUGAUAAUGUCCUAACACUGCGAAGCAGGAAAGACAAGCUUCAAGCUCGGCAGCAGGAUUCCUUGAAUGGCGUUCAAGAUUUGCAGCAGAAUGACAAAUCAAGUGCAUUGGAUUAUCAUUCAAAAGAGAAAUCAAGAAAACGCAAAUCUAGACAUGAUGCUAAAGCAUCAGACACUUCUGGGAGUAAGACAGAAGCUGAAGUUGGGAGGCAAGUUUUUGCAGAGUCUCCUUCAGGGGAAGUUCGAGUUGUUAAGAAGGAAAAAGGUGAUGCUGGUGGCAAAAGGGACAACAUUUCAUUGAAGAAAAAGAUGAGAGGCUCAAAAAAUAAGCAAAUACCCCACCAGGAACAAAGAAACCCUGAUGGAGGCGUGCCACAUCCAGCUGAAGGCACAACCAUUAGUGCUCAUAAGCGUGGACAUCAGGAAAGAGCACAGUCAUAUACCAAAAAGAGGAGGCUUCAGAAUCAAGCACAAAAACACGAGGAACCCGUUGGUCCUGAGAUAAGAAAAAAGAGUAAAAGGAACAGUGACCCUCUGGGACGAGAUGUGGUGGAUAAACUUGACACACUAAUUGAGCAGUACAGAUCCAAAUUUGCACGGCGCGAUGCGGACCAAACUGACCAUGAAAAGCGAGGUUCCAAACAGAUCAGGAGGUGGUUCCAAUCGUGAUUGUUCUAAACUUUUGUGCAAGUUAACUGUAACUUCUGUUAAGUUUAAUGCUCAACGAGGGCUUGGCAGCAUGCAUGUGUCUACAUUGUAGACUUGCUGAAUUUUUGAUUGCCAAGUCAUUACUGGAAGAUAGGGUUGACAGAGAGCAUCUGUCUUGCGUGCCUAAUAUGCCCUUCCAUAAAGAAAAGGCUGGGAUAAGGAACGAAAAGAAUAAACUAUUGCUGAGAAUCCUUUUCUUUUUCA